AGGGAGGAGAGGGGGAAAGGGGGCAGGAGAAAAAAGCUUUUCCAAAAAAGUAUUGGCUGUCUUGAGGAAUGCGGUCGCCCCCUUGGGAAAGUACAUAUCUGGGAGCAGCAGGCAGCUCAGCACUCGCACUCCAGCUCGGCCGCUCCACCGCGCGCUCGCCUCCCCGCUUCUGCCGCAGCCCCAGGGCCCCUUACCGCCGCCACCAUGGACGCCAUCAAGAAGAAGAUGCAAAUGCUCAAGCUCGACAAGGAGAACGCCUUGGAUCGAGCGGAGCAGGCGGAGGCCGAUAAGAAGGCGGCAGAGGACAGGAGCAAGCAGCUGGAAGAUGAGCUGGUGUCGCUGCAAAAGAAGCUCAAGGCCACCGAAGAUGAACUGGACAAAUAUUCCGAGGCUCUCAAAGAUGCCCAGGAGAAGCUGGAGCUGGCGGAGAAAAAGGCCACCGAUGCUGAAGCCGAUGUAGCUUCUCUGAACAGACGCAUCCAACUGGUUGAGGAAGAGCUGGACCGUGCCCAGGAGCGACUGGCAACAGCUUUACAGAAACUUGAGGAGGCUGAGAAGGCAGCAGAUGAGAGUGAGAGAGGCAUGAAAGUCAUUGAAAGCCGAGCCCAAAAGGAUGAGGAGAAAAUGGAAAUUCAGGAGAUCCAGCUGAAAGAAGCCAAGCACAUUGCUGAGGAUGCCGACCGCAAGUAUGAAGAGGUGGCCCGUAAGCUGGUCAUCAUUGAGAGUGACCUGGAACGUGCCGAGGAGCGGGCUGAACUCUCAGAAGGCAAAUGUGCCGAGCUUGAAGAAGAGUUGAAAACUGUGACGAACAACUUGAAGUCACUGGAGGCUCAGGCUGAGAAGUACUCACAGAAGGAAGACAAAUAUGAAGAAGAGAUCAAGGUCCUUUCUGACAAGCUGAAGGAGGCUGAAACUCGGGCCGAGUUUGCAGAGAGGUCAGUAACUAAAUUGGAGAAAAGCAUUGAUGACUUAGAAGAUCAACUCUACCAGCAACUUGAGCAAAACCGCCGCCUAACUAACCAACUAAAGCUGGCCCUGAAUGAGGAUUAAACUUAAGUGGGAAAGAACCUGGGCUGAAUUCUAGAAAUGCAGCCCAUGGGCAGGACUGUUGUACCUUCAACUAACAGGGUUGAAAACAGUUGAUUUCUGCACAAUCGAACAUGAAAGGAAUCAGUUGAAAGGCUGACCUUGCCUGCGUUUUCCUCUUAUAUCAGGAAUAAUUAAGGUCUCUUUAAUCUCACAACUGCUUUUAUGGUAAAAUUAUAUACAUGUAUGUGGAUAAAUGUUCAUAAUCAGUUCAGCACUCGUCUUUGCCAUAGCAGGUCCUCUUGUUUGAACAGAUGCAUAAUGAGGACCAAAAAAAUGUUUUCUAUUUCCUACAGAGAACUGAGUCCUGCUUUAAGUUAGAAAGCCAAAGCAGAGGGGUGUGUAUGUGUAUAACUAUAUAUAUAUAUUAUAUAUAGGAUGUGAUAUAUAUAAUAUAUAUUCCUAUUACAUAUUCAUCCUAAUGUCUAAGUAUUUGGUAUAGUAUUUGAAACAUGAUUAAGUGUACCUAUGCUUGGGCAAAAUAGCUUUUGAAAACAGGAGUUCAUGUCAGAAGUCUCUGAUUGUCUGAAAGGUAUGCCUUUAUUCAGUCUAACGGUGUUGGAAUCUGGUGAGAAUGUCAUGCUAAUAAUAAAUAGAACACUGUGAGAAUAGUAAGAGAAUGUCCUACGGAAGUGUGCAUGAAACGUGUCAAUUUUUUUUUUUAAUGAGCCACAGAAAUAAAUCAUUGAAAAGCUGUCAGAAAGCCUAUUUACAUCAUCUUUGUCUUCUGUGAGAUUGUGUUAUAACACAACUCCCAGACCUUUAACUGCCUGUAACUCAUAAAUGUCUGCUGUUAUUAACUUCAGUGCUGCAAGCACCUCUCCCUGUUCCCACAGCGCAGCGAACCUUCCCCAAACCCCACUUGCAUUGUAUUCUCCGUGGAUUGUUGGCGAAGGUUCCUCUGGGGCUCUGUGAGAACCCACUGUGCCUGUAGUUCCUUAGGGCUCAAGACGGCUUCCCCUUCCUAGGUCCCUGUGUGGAAAUGAGUAAUGUCUUACAAGCAUGCCUAGUCCUAAUCAUCUGAUCCUUUGUUUGUGAUUGAUGUUUGCCUGCCUAAAUGUACAAACACCACCGUGUCCAAAGUGCAGCUAUUCAUGACUUGAUUUUCUAAUCCCACCACAGAGAAAGUGGCUCAUGCCAAAGAAGAAAACCUUAGUAUGCAUCAGAUGCUGGAUCAGACUUUACUGGAGUUAAACAACAUGUGAAAACCUCCUUAGCUGCGACCACAUUCUUUCAUGUUGGUUUUGUUGGUUUUUUUGUUUUGUUUUGUUUUUAAACACCAUGCUUACCAUGAAACCCCUUAAAUGCAUUUUUAUUUACUUUUACCACUGUCACAGAAAUACCCACAAAAUACCAGCUAGGUCGGGGAUGGGGAAAACACACACACACACACACACACACACGCACAGAGGCGAGCCCCUGUCAAGGCAGUAAUGAUUUAAAUGUGCCAUUUCCCAGGUUGACAUUGCCACACUUCAUAGAGAGUUUAGCAACACAGUGUGCUUAGUCAGCCCAGGAAUCCUCAUUAAGCAGAAAGAUUUCCAUUCAAAGUGCCAAUGAUAAAUGAACAGGAAGAUUAAUGUUGGAAACACAAUCAGGUGUGGAUUGGUGCUACGUUAAACAAAAGGUCCCACUGUGGUCUUUCGUUCAAUAUUGUUACUAUUUAGAAUCUGUCCAUCGCUAAUUUAUUUUGUCUUGAGUUUUACAAUGAGGUGCAACUAUGGAUCCCGUCUGCCAGAAUUCACUAAAGCCAAGGGUUUGUGAGCCAUCGUGCUCUUGUAAGCCUUCUGUUUUCUUCUGAUUGGCACAUUUGCAGCUCGUUGCAACUUGUAGGAUAGCAUGCCAUGUGGAUUUCCACCGUGUUAAAGUGAAAGAUUUAGGCACUGCAUACAAUGGUGAAGAAAAAAACAUUUUCUUAAGAGUUAUAACUGUAUGUAAACCUUGUAUAAUGAUAUGGAAUAAAUGCACAUUGUAGGACAUUUUCUAAA